CCUCUUUUCACACUUGGCUCCAGCUGUCCCUUCAGAGUUUUUACUUCCUCUCUAUACAGUCAUAAAGACACUGAUUCUCUCACUCUCUCAUAUUCAGUCAGUUUUUCCCUCAUUAUCGGGAAUCAGUUCAGCAGAAAAUCAGUAUGGGACAACCAACCAACCUUUACUUCACCCUCCUCUUCCUCCCCCUCUCCCUGUGCUGGGGUCAGAGCUCACACCCAUCCUGCGAUCGCUGUGACCUGCGGCUCUCCUGUAACUGCUCCUACGGUGGAUUCACCCGUGUUCCCACGGUGACAGACCGUGCCCUGACCCUUGAUCUCUCCUUCAACAACAUCACCGUGGUGAACGUUGAUGAUCUGAGAGGCCAUAUGCAACUGAGGGCUCUGAGUCUCCACGGUAACAGACUGGCUGUGAUCCAUCCGUCAGCAUUGGACUCUCUGUGGAGCCUGGAGGAGCUGGAUCUGUCGGACAAUCAGCUGACUGCCGUCAACCACAAAUGGUUCAGCAAGCUAGGAGCUCUGCAGGAACUCAACCUGCUCAACAACCCAUACAGCUGCCUGGGUUCUUCUCCAGUGUUUCAGAGGCUGGUCAGGCUGAGGAGGCUGGGGUUUGGAGGUCCAGCUCUGGAGGAGGUAAAGAGAAGAGAUCUGUCUGGAGUCACUCAGCUGGAGGAGCUCACUGUGCACGCCAACAACCUGAUGAGGUACGAGUCUGGCGCUCUAGCAGACGUUUGGCCGCUGGGUCGCGUCACUUUGAGCCUCCACGGUCCAUUUUUGACAAACGUAGCCUUAGCCUCGGCAUUGCUCGAUGACGUGUCGUACCCUGAGACGCCUAUCGUUCUGGAAAACCUCCUUCUGAUUGCGAACCAGUCUGUUCAGCCUUUCAGAGCAACAUCCAGGAGGAGAGUCAGGCACAUUACAUUCCGCAACCUUUCUAUGUCUGAUGAGGCCGUUGUUGACUUCCUGGUGGUGAUGGAUGGCGUGCCGCUCACCUUCCUGUCAGUGGACGGCGUCAUACUGACAGGCUCGGGCAGGUGGGAGAAGGCCAGCUGGAGCGAUCAUAAAAGUAUCGAUGAGUUCUUCGUACGAAACGUUGUGGCGCUGAAUGUCUUCAGCUUUGUCUCGUUUCUGCAGCUGCAAUUUCUGCUGCACUACCCCAGGAAGGUGUCUGUUAUAAACUCUCAGGUGUUUGUGAUGCCCUGUGCCACGUCCAAACUGCUAGUCAACCUGCAGUACCUGGACCUGUCAGACAACCUGCUGACUGACAUGACUCUGGUGGAGACGCUCUGUGAUGGAAACAGCACGCUGAAGGACCUCCGAGUUUUAAACAUCAGCGGAAACGCUCUGAAGUCUUUGUCCACGGUGAGCUGGCUGGUAGUGAAGCUCUCCAAACUGACCCACCUGGACAUCAGUAGGAACGCAUACAGCUCCAUGCCCCAGGGGUGCUCCUGGCCCUCCACCCUGCGAUACCUCAACAUCUCCAGGGCUAAACUUACAACCAUCACCCCCUGUCUACCCGCAACUCUGGAGGUGUUGGAUCUCAGCAACAAUGAUCUCAAAGGCUUCAUUUUGGCCCUGCCUGCCCUGAGAGAGCUCCACCUCUCUGGUAACAAGUUUCUUAGGCUGCCCCCGGGAUGGUUGUUCCCCAGUCUGCAAACACUGACUAUACAAUCAAACACCUUGAACAUGUUCGGCCGUUCAGACCUCCAGUCAUAUAGGCGACUCCAGAGCCUCCAAGUGGGUCAGAACAAAUUCGUCUGCUCCUGUGACUUUGUUGCUUUCUUCCAGUCGAGCAUUAAGGGAGGUGGAGACGUGCAUUUAACAGAUGGAGAGGAGAGCUAUGUCUGUGAUUCUCCUCUUUACCGGCAGGGAGAACCAGUGGGUCGAGUCAGCCUCUCCAUCGUUGAGUGCCACCGGGUUUUGUUUGUGUCUGUGAGCUGUGGGGUGGCGCUGUUUGUUUUAAUUCUGGUGUGUGUCCUGCUGUGGCGACUCCAUGCGUUCUGGUACCUCAAGAUGAUGUGGGCGUGGCUGAAGGCUAAGCAUAGCUCCCGGCGCCGGCGCCGACACAGAGAUAGAGCGGAUUCAGAAGCGUUGCUUUCCUUUGACGCCUUUGUGUCCUACAGUGAGAGAGACGCUAGCUGGGUGGAAAACUUCUUGGUACCUGAGCUGGAGGAGCCAAGGGACAACGGUGAAGACUCUGUGAAUCCCAGAAGCCCCCGGCCUCUGACCCUGUGUCUCCACAAGCGGGACUUCCUUCCUGGACACUGGAUUGUGGACAACAUCAUGAGUGCCAUGGAGCGCAGCCGGCGGACCGUCUUCAUCCUCUCAGAGAAUUUUGUCCAGUCUGACUGGUGCCGCUACGAGCUGGAUUUCUCCCACUUCUGGCUUUUUGAUGGGAAUGCCGGCGGAAACGCGGCCAUCUUGAUCAUGCUGGAACCGCUGUCCAAGGACGACAUCCCCAAACGCUUCUGCAAACUGCGCAAACUCAUGAGCUCCACCACCUACCUGGAGUGGCCUCAGGAGGAGGAGAGGACUGGGGAGUUCUGGAGGAGUCUCCGCAAUGCUUUGAGAGAAGAAGAUGAGGAUGAUUGAGAGGGAAAGACAAAGUGAUGAAGAGAAAGAGUGAGCGCAAAAUGACAUGUAAUACGAGAAUAAAGAACAAAAGCAGAAGCGGAAAAGGGUCGACAAGGAAUUAGAAGAUAAGAAAAGGAAAAGAAAAGAGUAAAAUAAAUGGACAAAGAGGAGAACAAGGGAGGAGUGAACAGAGUCAAAGGAAAGAAAAAAGAUGAGAAGAGCGGGAAGACAAAAAGAGAAGUGGAGUGAAUUGAAGAAGAGGAAAUGAAGAAUAGGAGCACUUUAACAUAAAAGAUGAGAAGACGAGAAAAGUAAGAUGGUGGACAUGAGGUGUAAAAGAAGACUGAGGCAGAGAAGUAAACAAUGUAAAUGAAGCGAGGAGAUUUAAUGUGCAACAAACUGUGACUUUAUUGUACAACUGUUGGUUUUGAAAUGACCAGUUAAUAUUGUUUUGUUAAAGUGGACUGAAAGUGUCCUUGUCUGUGUCUGUGUUAGCCCUGCGACGAGUUGGCCACUGUCCAGGGUGUACCCUGCCUAAGGCCCAAAGUCACUGGGAUAGGCUCCAGUCACCCGCGACCCCUAACGGGACCAAGCGGUAGAAAAUGGAUGGAUGGAUGGAUGGACUGAAAGUGGACAAAGUAUAAAGGCGUCAGUAUGCUUCAAACGAAGCAUCAAACAGUGUUGUUUAAAUGAUAAAUCGACUAUGAAAAAAGGCACAAAAUAAUAUUUUUGUAAAACAGACAUUAUAUUGUCUCCUUUAUUAUAAAUGAAUGAAAAAUAAAUGAUAAUUUGUCAGUUAUUUAAAAAAAGGCAUUUAAUAUUUGUUACUUUAAAUCAGGACAGUGUAUAUGGGACUGAGUCAGAAUAUAUUACAGUGUGUGUGUUUGUGGUAAUGAGGGAACAUGCUCAAUGACUCAGAGGAAGAAGAUAUAUCAGACUUUGGAUAAACAGAAAAUACUUGUGAGUAGUCAUUGUUGGUUUAGGUCUUAUCAUUGGAUUUGUUGGCAUGCCAAAGUUAUAACAGACUUUCAACUUGCAUUACAAGUGAAGAAGAUGUACUGCAGUUUCAAUCAGUUUAUUUGCUGGUAGUGUGGUGAAGUGGCCACUUUGGGGAGCUGUUGGUUUGUCAUUUCUGCUACAAUCUGAGGACGUUGUCAGUGGUUGUGAAACUCAUAGUGGCAACAGUAAACAGCUUCUGCACUUACAUGAAGUCAGGAAAAGUAACAGCAGUGAGGAGCGACAUGUUUCCUGACGUGUUUUCUCUCAAGUGUCUGCCUGGAGAGUGUUUCCUACAACAGCACUGCAGUAGUCAAGGUGAUGACUGACUAAGUAAAAUUCUAGUUAUUCUGCUUAAAUUCAGGUUGUAACUAAUUUUGCCUUGUCUAAGUUCCUGAGAUGGAAAUUCUUUUAUGACAGAUACAAGGGGACAUACAUACAUAGAUAUGGACAGACCUGGAAAUCACCUAAAACAGUCACAACGUCGUAAGGCCUCAGUAUGCUUCAAACAAAGCUUGUUGGAUCAAAUAGUGUCUGAAACCUCCUCCCCCCACACCUUUCCAAUUUUGGAAUCAGGGAGAUGGCAUCUCUCACAAUUUCUGUAACUUAAACAAUCUGACAAUCACACCCACUUCAUUCAGUGAUUGGCCAGGUGUGUGGAAGACGUGUGACUUUUUUCAUUCUUACGUAAUUUUUGGCGUGAACAACCCAGUGCAACAACAUGAACGCCUUUGAGGUAAGGCUGUCCGACAGCAGGAUUUUUGUGUGGCCAUUCAGAACAGGUAUGAACACUUUUGCUUUUAGACAUGUUUCAAGUAUACCCAAGCCUUUACAGUUUUAUCCUCUUUCUGUUUUUAUUCUGUAAAGAAUUGUUUCUCCUAGAUUUUAACCUCACUUUUUUAUACAGCUUAGCACUUCUUCAUCACACAAUAAAGCUUUAAGACUU